GAAUCACUUUUUGGCCAAAGUAACUCUAAAGGUAUUCUUGAACAAGGGCAAAAUGCAGAUAGUUAAUGUUCCAACCCUUGAGGGAUUUAAACCUCCAACCUUUUGUUUGCUAACUCAGAUUUUAAACUAAGGUUUCAGCAUCUCUGGUUCGUAGCGGAGCGGCGCGCAACGGGACACCGGCGUAUCCAUUUACGCACGUCGUUCACGCGCACUUAAACGCGUCGGACCGCUGUCAUUCUCGACGAAUCUUACAAUGGGACACCUGAGCAACACGUCACACCCGGUCAACUCCACAGACCCGUUUGGACGCGACGAAGAAGUCGCGAAAAUCGAGAUCGCGGUCCUCAGCGUCACCUUCGCGGUCGCCGUGAUCGGGAACUGCAGCGUGCUGGUGGCCAUCCACAACACCAAGAAGAAACCCUCCCGCAUGCAUCUGUUCAUCAAACACCUGAGCCUGGCAGACCUGGUGGUCGCGUUCUUCCAGGUCCUCCCACAGCUGUGCUGGGAAAUAACCUUCCGUUUCUACGGCCCGGACUUUCUGUGCAGGAUCGUCAAGCACCUGCAGGUGAUGGGCAUGUUCGCAUCCACUUACAUGAUGGUCAUGAUGACCCUAGAUCGCUAUAUCGCCAUCUGCCACCCUCUCAAGACCCUCCAGCAGUCCACCCGGAGGUCCCACGUCAUGAUCGCGGGCACGUGGAUCAGCAGUUUGCUCCUCAGCACGCCUCAGUACUUCAUCUUCUCCCUCAGUGAGAUCCAGAACGGCUCUGAGGUGUACGACUGCUGGGGUCACUUCAUCCAGCCCUGGGGAGUGCGCGCAUACAUCACCUGGAUCACAGCGGGGAUCUUCCUCAUCCCGGUGAUCAUAUUAAUGACCAGCUACGGAUUCAUAUGCCACAGCAUCAGGAUGAACAUCAGAUAUAAGACCAGGAAGACGCCGGCGGACGGGCUGAUCGGGAAGAGCUCGGUGAGCAGCGUCACCAGGAUCUCCAGAGCGAAGCUACGCACCGUCAAGAUGACCUUCGUCAUUGUCCUCGCGUACAUCAUCUGCUGGGCGCCGUUUUUCACCGUGCAGAUGUGGUCUGUGUGGGACAAGAACUUCAGCUGGGAUGAUUCAGAGAACACGGCCGUCACUCUGUCUGCGCUGCUGGCCAGUCUGAACAGCUGCUGUAACCCGUGGAUCUACAUGGUUUUCAGCGGACACCUCCUGCAGGACUUCGCCCACUGCUUCCCCUGCAGCCACGAGAUCCAGCAGAGCUUCCGGAAGGAGGAUUCGGACAGCAGCAGUCUGCGGAGAAUCACGCUGCUCUCCAAAGCUGCCAACCGCAGCCCCACGUGCAGCUCGGGCACCUGGAGAGAGCUCGAUCCCUCGGCUCCGGCCGAGACGUGACGCAGGAAUCAGGAUCACAGAUCUGCACUUCAAUGAGACUCUCAGCGGGGCUCUGGACUUUGAUGCGAGAAUGCACGAUUACU